AUGGCAACUAAUGCACAAAAGAAAAGGGGUCGGGCCCCAAAUUUUUCUCCACAAGAAAGAGACUGCUUACUAAAUCUUGUUCAUAAAUAUAAGCAUAUAGUAUGCAAUACGAAGACGGAUGGAGCUAGUAAUGAUUUAAAAACCAAAUAUUGGAAGAAAAUUACAGAAGAAUUUAAUGCCUCCUCUCCUACUGCAAUUUUUAGAGAAACCGAUUCACUACAUCGUUUUUUUUUAAACACGGUACAAACAACACGCAAAGUAGCCGCAGAGGACAAACGCAUGAAAUAUUUAACCGGUGGAGGACCGCCAAAAAAACAAAAAUUGAUGACAAAGACAUUAUUUUGGACAUUAUCAAUCCCAAAACUAUUAAGGGAUUGGAAUCGCCCUUCGACAGAACCGGCAAAGGCCUCCGAGCAGGAAAUAUAUUUUGUGAUAGAUGGCGAACGAGAGCUGCCUACUGUGUGCGAGGAAUACGAAGAAAUUUCCGCCGAAAUCAACCAUGUCGACAUUGACUAUGGCGACAAUGUUGAUGGUACAAUCGACAAUAAUCCAAUUGACAAUGAUUCAAUUAUGAAAAAUAUCGAUACCACGAAUUGGGCGAGAUACAGCGCUAAGGAUUUGACAAAACCGAUUUCAAAACCGUUAAAACCUACCCCAAAGAGUACACCUAAUAAGCCCGCCAGAGCACAGUAUGAUGCUAGUCGUCGCAGGCCUGCGGUUACUGCAUUAACGACCUCGCAUGUAGCCGAGAUGUAUGAAGAACUGCUAAAGUAUAGAAUUGAAAUUGCAAAAAUCGAACUAGCUCGCGUGCAAGCGCUUCAGCAAUAUGAGGCUGAUGAGGCAAAAUAUAAACUAGAAAGACUACGAUUGGAAAACAAUCACAUAAAGCGCAAAAUGGCAGAGGAGGCCAAAUUGUGGACAACAUAA